UUUCGAAGUAGACCUUCUAGGUGAACGUUUGUGUUAAUUUCAAUUAUUUGUAGAUUUUUCAUUUUGGAAAAAUGACGACCUACACAGAUAAAGGCCCAAAACCAAAAGCUGGUAAAUUUUUGAAUUUCGAUCACAUCACAUUUUGGGUAGGAAAUGCUAAACAAGCAGCCAGUUACUAUUGCACUCGCAUGGGUUUCGAACCCCUGGCAUAUCAGGGAUUGGAAACCGGAUCUAGGAAAUUAGCCAAACAUGUAGUCAGACAAAAUAAGAUAGUAUUUGUGUUUGUAUCUGCCUACGAACCUGGAAACGAAGAAUUAGGUCGUCACUUGGUCAAGCAUGGAGAUGGUGCCAAGGAUGUCGCUUUUGCUGUUGAAGAUUUAGAUGCCAUAGUACAGACUGCGAAAGAACGCGGUGCUAAGAUUGUUAAAGACAUCUGGGAAGAAAAAGACGAAUUUGGAAAAGUUAGAUUUGCAGUUGUGCAAACAUACGGUGACACAACGCACACGUUCGUUGAACGACAUGGCUACAAAGGAUUAUUCUUGCCUGGAUACAAGAAACCUUUAUAUGAAGAUGUAUUAUGCAAAUUAUUACCUGAAGCUAAACUGAACUUUAUUGAUCAUGUCGUCGGAAACCAACCUGAUUUGCAGAUGGAAGAUGCAGCUAAAUGGUACGAAAAAACACUUCAGUUCCAUAGAUUUUGGUCUGUAGAUGAUUCUCAAAUUCACACAGAGUACUCUGCUCUCAGAUCCAUUGUAAUGACGAAUUACGAAGAAACUGUGAAGAUGCCAAUUAACGAACCAGCACCAGGCAAGAGGAAGAGUCAAAUUGAAGAAUAUGUAGAGUACUAUGGUGGGGCUGGUGUCCAGCAUAUCGCAUUGAAUACAAGUGACAUUAUUCAAGCAAUUAGAAAUUUAAAAGCCAGAGGAACAGAUUUUCUUAAAGUUCCACACACCUAUUAUGAUAUGUUGAGGGAGCAUUUGAAGAAAAGUCCCGUUCGUAUUCAAGAAGAUCUUGCUGUUCUACAGGAACUUAAUAUUUUGGUAGAUUAUGACGACAAUGGUUAUUUGCUUCAAAUAUUUACCAAAAACAUGCAAGAUAGGCCAACACUGUUUUUGGAAGUUAUACAAAGACACAAUCAUAAUGGUUUGGCGCCGGUAAUUUCAAGGCGUUAUUCACUGCAAUAGAAUUGGAUCAAGAACAGAGAGGUAAUCUGUAAUAUGAAUUACUAUGAAUUUAGAUAUCAUAAAAAAAAUAUG